AUUCCGCUGUUCUGAGCCAUGGCGUGCUGCCUAUCGGAAGAGGCGAAGGAACAGAAACGCAUCAACCAGGAAAUCGAACGGCAAUUGCGAAGAGACAAGCGGGAUGCCAGAAGGGAACUUAAGCUGCUCCUACUCGGAACCGGCGAGUCGGGCAAGUCCACCUUCAUUAAACAGAUGAGGAUUAUCCAUGGCUCCGGCUACUCGGACGAGGAUAAGAGAGGAUUUAUCAAACUUGUGUACCAAAACAUUUUUAUGGCGAUGCAGUCCAUGAUUCGGGCGAUGGACCUCCUGAAGAUCCAGUAUGGCGAUUCCUCGAAUAUAGAAAAAGCGGAACUGGUGCGGAGCGUCGACUUUGAAACGGUGACGACGUUCGAGAGCCCGUACGUGGGGGCAAUCAAGGACCUGUGGGCGGACGCGGGUAUACAGGAGUGCUAUGAUCGUAGACGGGAAUAUCAGCUCACGGACUCUGCCAAGUAUUACCUAAUGGAGAUAGAUCGAGUCGCGGCACCAAACUACCUCCCCACAGAACAGGACAUUCUUCGUGUGAGAGUGCCCACCACCGGUAUAAUUGAAUAUCCCUUUGACUUGGAAGAGAUCCGAUUUAGUUAUCUUAGUGACCUAGAGCGUAUUGAAAAGCCUGAUUUCCUUCCGACCGAGCAAGACAUCCUCCGGGCACGAGCUCCCACCACCGGAAUUAUAGAAUAUCCAUUUGAUCUGGACUCCAUCAUAUUUAGGAUGGUAGACGUCGGUGGACAGAGGUCGGAAAGAAGAAAGUGGAUCCAUUGUUUCGAAAACGUCACUUCAAUUAUAUUUUUAGUAGCUCUAAGUGAAUAUGAUCAAAUUCUAUUUGAAUCGGAAAACGAGAAUCGAAUGGAAGAAAGUAAAGCAUUGUUCAAAACGAUUAUAACAUAUCCCUGGUUUCAACACUCCUCUGUUAUCCUGUUUCUCAACAAGAAAGAUCUGUUAGAAGAAAAGAUUAUGUAUUCUCAUCUUGUCGAUUAUUUUCCGGAAUAUGAUGGUCGACAGAGAGACGCUCUCGCAGCUAGAGAAUUCAUUCUAAGGAUGUUCGUUGACUUAAAUCCGGACAGCGAGAAGAUUAUUUAUUCCCACUUUACGUGUGCCACAGAUACGGAGAAUAUCAGAUUCGUGUUCGCGGCGGUAAAGGACACCAUUCUACAGUCCAAUCUGAAGGAGUACAAUCUGGUUUAGACGGCGAAGCGUGCUGCAAAUCCGAGCGGACUCGACCAGUUUCUCUUGCACCCUGACCAAUGUAUCAGUGCGAGACUGCUACUCCGUUGACUCGCGAGCGUGAUCUGUGGAACGACGUGAGGAACGACGAAGAGGCGCGAGACAGAAACAAACGGCUACGACAAACUCGUAGUGCCACCGUAUACGCACAUAUAUCGACAUGCGUUGCGCCACAUUGAACUUCGUCGCAUCGAAAGUGUUGUACCAGCACAAGUAGCUAAGACGCGUAAUACACACAUGUAAUUAUGAAGGACGUAAAAGGGCGAAGUAAGAAGGUGAACAAGGACCUAAAAGCGUCACGAGUGUUCUUUUUCUUAGCGGAGAAAGAGAGAUAUGAGAAAAUCUCUUCACUGUCGAUACCAACUCGCGCGAGUCGAUUCGGUUCUCUCGUACACAGGUUCCCGUUUUGGGAUUUGUUACCUUUCUUUUGUAGAUUAGUUCUUAGUCGAUAUCGCGGGCAAAUACGCCCCACUCCCGGGCCGAGGAUGCGUCAAUACCUGAGGGUCCCGGGCAUCGUUGUCUGACUUUUAUAUAUAUAUAUAGAUAUAUAUGUGUGUGUAUGUGUGUGUAUAUAUAUAUAUAUAAAAGUGAAGAAACGCUAUAUGCGAACUAUAUGUAUCACGCGCGUGAGCGUGGCGCACGGCGCGGCUGUGCCGCGUGGAUUUUUAACGGCCGUCUGUGUUCGUCUCGAGUCCAAGAGAUCUCAACAGAAGAGAAAAAACUGAAGAGGCGAAACGGCGAGGCGAACGAAAAAAUAAAAUUUUAAAAAACCGGCUUUUUAAUCGCGAAUUAGAUUCGAUGACACAAGUGAGAGAAGCAAUUCUAGUGCCAUUUACUAGUGUGGUGUUGUUGUUUUUCUUUUCUUCUUUCCUUUCUGUUUUCUUCUUGUUCUUAUUCUUUUUCUUUUUUCUCAAAUGUACUAAACGCUAAAUUAUGAGAACAUUCUUCAUUUAGAAUUAUGCGAAAGCCAAAGUCUUUUUGUUUCUUCCUUUUUAUCCAUGCCAGAAAUGACUCAAAGUUCUUUCUGCAUGUGAUUCGAAUCCAUUAAAAAAUUCAUCAUAUAAAUAUUGUUAUAUAUAAUAUAUAAAAAGAAUGAUAUAGAUU